AUGCCAUCUUACCUCAUCACCGGCGCCAACCGUGGCCUGGGCUACGGCUUCGUCCAGCAGAUUCUUCACCAGGACCCUUCCAACGUCGUCAUCGGACUCGUGCGUGACAAAGCCAGCGCCGACGCCAAAGUGGCCGGCGCCGGCCUCAAGAAUGUGCACUUUGUGCAGGGCGACAUUUCCAACUAUGCGUCGCUCGUCGAGGCGCGAGAGGCCGUGUCUGCCAUCACCGGCGGCAAGCUCGACUACCUGAUCAACAACGCCGCGUACCUCGGUCGCACCACGGAAGGCGCCGGCAUCGAGGAUUUCGUCGACGACGCGGGCAUCGAGAAACUCAACAAGGAGCUCCGAGACGCAUUCGAAGUCAACGUCGUCGGGGUCGUCGAUACCAUCAACGUCUUCCUCCCACUGAUCAAGAAGGGAGACGUCAAGAAGAUUGUGGUCAUUUCUUCAGGUAUGGCCGACCCGGACCUCGUCAACAACGGCAAAGUCCACACCGGCGCCGCCUACUCCAUCUCCAAGGCCGCCGUCAACCUCGCCGUGGCAAAGUACAACGCCCGCCUGGCCGACCAGGGCGUCCUCGUCUUCGCCCUGUCCCCCGGCGUCGUGUCGACCUGGGACCCCUCGAGCCCCGAACCUGCGGCCGUCCAGAACCUUCGCCAAAUGGUCCCCGGCUGGUCUGGGCCCCUGACACCCACCGAGUCCGCCGACGCCUGUCUCAAGGUCAUUCAAACAUUUAGCGUCGAAAACGGCAACGGAGGUUCUUUCGUCAGUCACCACGGCACCAAGGAAUGGUUGUAG